GCUCGUGCGCAACAAUUUGUCUGCUGCACUGUCGGCCAGGAUGUGCUGCCUCGCUGUUCCAUAGCCCUACACAUCCAAUAUCAGCAGACUGCAAUGGCCCUGCCGCCUACGAAUCACACACGCUAUACGGGCCCUUCUUGCUGCAAGGAAAGCGCGUGCCGUCUGCGGUAGAUAAUACCGUAGAUUAACAGGUAGCGUGCGGCGUGGGGAGGGGCGCAUGCAAGCAAGCGAUGGCCUUCCGACGAGCAUACCGUAACUAUGUCAACCUGGGCAAACUGUACAGCAUUCCGCCUUGGGGCAUCGUACCACCCUAUGGUCUAAUCAGGCCACAAAGUAACUCUGUAAACCUUGGCAAUCUGUACUUGCGCGGCCAGUCUAAGCAUCCUGCGGGCUGGGCCUACUUUGAAGAUGGCUCUGUCUUCAUCCUGCCCUUUGGAUGGUGCGCCCACGACGCCUUCGAGUCGCGUAUGAGAAUUGCUGCGCACUUUAUCAAUGGCCCUACGCCAAGGAUGCAGCAGAUACGGGCCAAGAAUCCGCAUAUGAAGCGUGUCGUCGUCAUCAACAAGGACGGCAGACACAUACGCAAUAAUACGCUUCGUAUCCUAGCCCGCAAUGCCCAAGACGGACAAAGAGUGUCUGUCGUUGAUCCGCUGUUUGAAAACGUCGAAUUAAGCCUUGAUCCUACCGGGAGCCACCCAGUUUCGGCCCGCUUCAAUGAUGCUCCGCAGUUGAGGUACGAAUACCGACUACAGAAUAGUCAGGCUUUGGAGACCUUUCGAGGCACACUGAUUGGGGGUAUUCUACAACCUAACGUGCGUCUGGGGAAUGGUCUGCACCUAUCGAAUAAACCUGAGAUAUUGAAACCGCAAAUAACUGCGAAGAGGCGGGCGCGGAAUCAGGAAGCCAGAAGACUUAAUGAAAGAGAGCAUCUGUCAUCGAAUUUACCCGUGAAGCAACCGCAUCAGUUAAACAUGCCGUUUUCGAGAGAGCGAACACCACCCGAGCGCCUGGGGAGGUCGACGCCCCCACUACGAAAGAGUCCCCGAGAUCUCGACCUUGAACGUCGAGAAGCUCAAAUAGCAAAGAGAGAGCAGGAACUCAUACAGUUGCAGCAGCAGUUACUUCAGACCAUGCAAGCUCAAAGUAUCAAAUCAAACCAAGAGAAAAUACAUGGAAAGCAAACACACGACUCACCCGACCCCGAGACCGAAACAAAACUCGCAGCCAUCGAAGCAAGAGAACGAGCACUUGAGCAAAAGGAAGAGCUCCUACGCUACAAACGCAAGACCUGGCUUCUAGAGCAAAAACUCGCACAAGUCACAGCUCGUUCUCCGCCUCGUCAUAGGCUUCGUGAAACCGAGGCGUCCGCGCAAGAGCGUGAUGGAGAUGUCUCAUCCAACACUGAAAUGGAGCAAGAAGCUAGUUUGGAAUCGGGAUUUAACGGUACGAAUCAAGGUCGCCCUAGGGGUUAUAGUCUUGAUGAUACGACGCCGCCGGAGGCUCUUGAGAGAUUGAGAUCGAGUAUCCAAUUGCCUACCAGGAGGAUGAUGAGGAUCGGUAGGGAGACUCGACGGCGGUGAGCUCUAUCAAGUCUCACAUCU